GCUUCUCGAUCCACACUGUUCAUGAUGAUACCGCGCCAACUCCAACUGCCUGGAAGAACCCUGCCUCCAGCGCUUCCUCUCAUCCUGCCGUUCUCCAGAAGCGACGGAAAUGGGGAAUCCGCUCGGUUGCAGGUGAACGAUGAGGCGGUGAAAAUGCUGGAAACCAUCACCAAACCCGUGGCCGUUCUUUCCGUCUGCGGCCCUUAUCGCACGGGCAAGUCCUACCUCCUCUCUCGCCUGUUGGGUAGGCCGGGGACGUUUCAGCUGGGCCACUCCAUGGACGCCUGUACUCGAGGCAUCUGGCUCUCCACCACUGCCCUCGAGUGUGAGGACCAUCUGCUGCUACUGCUGGACACUGAGGGCAUCGGAUGCGUGGAGGGCAGCUCAGAGUACAUUCUCAACCUGCUAGUGAUCACAACUCUACUCAGUUCAACUCUCCUCUAUAACUGCAGUGAAGUUCCCCAGGCCAGCGACCUUGAACAGAUGAGUGUGUUCACCCACCUCACCAGGUGUGUGGCAGUCGGGAGGGCUGAUUCCUCCGCGGCACAGGAACUCCAGUCCCACUUUCUCCGAUUCAUCUGGCUCCUGCGCAAUGUCAUCAGCCACCCUCUCGAUGAGGACGGGGCAGAAAUACCUCUCAAGACUUACAUCCACUCUGAGGCGGCCUCCUCCACACAGCAGUCUAAGGUUGUCAUGGAAACACUGGAGUCUGUGUUCCCCAGUCUGGACUGCCUCUACGUCCCUCCACCCUCCGCUGACCCCGCCCACACCGCCGACCUGGACACACACUGGGACGAACUGGAGGAGGAUUUCAGAGAGAAAAUGGAGGAGAUUCAGCAGUACCUCUUCCGCCAUGUGACCACCAAACUGUCGUUCGAUCGAACUACUCCCAUCACUGGAGCCGACCUCGCUGCACUGCUACGAGAAUACGUCACUGCCAUCAAUGCUCCAGGGAGCUUGCCUAGUCUUCAAGAGAGUUGGGUGGCAGUCAUAAAACUGAAGCUUGAGGCCAUUUUUACCGAGAUGGUUGGCAAGUACACGAGAGACAUGGAAGAAAAGACUGACGGCUUGUUUCCAAUGGAAGAGGAUAUUCCCACUGAAUCUGAAAGUGAAUCUAGCUCACUCAUGCAGGUGCAUUGGCGUGUCUUUGAUGAGUGCUACCAUAAUCUGAGACAAAGUAUAAGAAACUUGCUACCACAUCACACGGGCAACAAGCUCACACUGUACACGCAGUCCCUACUGACGAAAUUCACUUCAGCAGUGGCCGAGUUUGGAACCCAGGAUCUCCUGUGUACCGAGACAGUGAGAGGAGGUGCACUGUUGAGAUUUGUCCAACAAAACUACAAACUCUCCGAGGAAAUGUGUGAGAAGUUAUGGGACAGGUUGUUUGAGGAGAGCGGCAUUCGAAACAGAGUUGUAAGGGCACUGAAUCGCUCCAUAGCUAUAGACGUUGGCUCUGAUAUGGCAGCAGUGGUAGGCGAGUACAUGGAGAAUGCAGUUGGACCUGCUAAACUGAAGGUCCUCGAGCGUAAACGGGCAGCUAAUGAUGUGGAGAGAAUGCUGCGUGACUUACCUGGGCCGCCGGUCAAUGUUAGACUUGUGGGGAGAGACAGAGACAAGCAUAAGCUCAGGUGGGACCCUCCAGCUAUCAACGCAGGGGCAGCCCUCAGAUAUGUUGUGCAGAAAAGGACUAAAGAGGGCUGGAGGGAUGUCACCACUACAGACAAGUGUUGGGUGGUCAUUGAUAAACAGCAGAUCAAAAGAGACACUGUAUAGGGUGACGUCUUGGAAUGAAGGAGAGCACUGUAAAGGAGAGAUGGAGGAACCACUCGUUGUUACAACAAAUAGUGUGUCACGUGAAGAGUGGCUUUCGUAUGUGUAGCUGUGGUAAAAAUAUCGCGCAUGCGAUUAUUUUUCUUGUUGUUUGUGCGCAUGCGCUGAUAUUCGCGCAGGCAGCGUGUUGUGAGAGGGUCAGCGAGUGAGCUGGUGGAGGGCUGGAGAGCUCGAGAAAUGCAGUCCUCCUUGCUGAGAUUUGUGCAGCGCCAGGGGAAGAAGGAGACGUCCAGUAACAAACGUCCAGCAGAUGGAGACAGUGGUAACGAGAAGAAAAAACGAAGGAAAUCUGGAGGAUCUACUACAAAUCUGAAGCAGUUCAGCAGACAGGGAGUACCAGUUGGUGGCGCUAAGGACAAUGCCAGCACUCACACUGAACCUGCUACCUUUGCUCAACCUCAAGAGGAACCAGCUAAUGAUGUUUCAACCAGCUCAAGGCAUGAAUCAGCAGCAUCUUCAGCAGUAGAGGAAAUAUCCCCACUCCUACGAAGUUCACAAAGACCGUCAGUGAGCUCAACUCCAGGCAGGAGGAAGUCGAAAACAAACAAGCCAGAGCCUAUCUCUACUCACUCGCCCACAGUCUCAAAGCAGUACACUCCAUUAGAGCAGCAGUACAUUGCCAUCAAGGCCCAGUAUCCCGAUGCCAUUCUCUUUGUAGAGUGCGGCUACAAGUAUCGCUUCUUUGGUGAGGAUGCAGAGGUGGCUUCCAAGACACUCAACAUUGGCUGCUUCCAGGACCACAACUUUUACACUGCCAGUAUCCCAGUCCACCGCCUCCAUAUCCACCUCAGGAGGCUGGUAGCUGCCGGUCACAAGGUGGGUGUGGUGAAACAAACCGAGACUGCAGCUCUGAAGGCAGCCAGUGACCGGAAGUCUGGGCCAUUCUCCAGAGAACUGACAGCUCUCUACACCAGGACCACUCUCUUAGGUCCUGAUGUGAGGCCA